GUGCUUUUGACUGGUUUCUGACUACAUAUAGCUCAGCCGGAGGGAGGAAAACCUGCGUUUUUAAACAUUUUUCAUAUAGGGAGUACCCGACCUCUAAGGCACGUUCGAUACAGAUGUCCAAUGAAAUAAAAUCAACGUUAAAAAACAACUAAAAAUCAAAGAUGAAGAGAAGGGAUCGGAACAGGUAGUGGAAAAGGUGGGGCUAGGUAGAGGCAGGUGCUAAUUGGAUUUUUUCUUAAAGGGACUUAAUCAGUCGAGACGCCUCAAGCGUUCCAUACAAUUUUGUACCUAUAUCGUCAGUUUACGUAUAGUAAAGAACGCCGAUCAUUAAUAUGAUCAUAUAUUUACAGCAGUUUGUGCUCUAACGUUCAAGAGAACAGACGGUGUCCCGAAGCUGGUGCCACUGAACAAACGACUAACUGAAAAUGAAUGAAGACAAUUAAACUCAAGCCAGGAGUCAGAUGCGCAAGAUGGAUAAUCGUAAGAAAAGAUGCCGGCUCACGGCCUGUUGUUCAGUACUGGUGCGGCGCUAUACGGUGAUGGUGGUGCUGGUGCCGCUGCUGGUGCUGCUCUACUGGGUCCACUCUGUCGAGCACUCCUGGAGUCUGCGGCUGCUGGCCACACUGCCGUCCCAUCUGAGCCGAGCUGCGCCCGUCCAGUCCCGUGACAACCUUAACAAAGAGGACAUCGGCCAGUUCCUGGUAGACACGCCCUCCUGUCGAAUACCCAACGCCGACGCCUUCGACGCCGCGCUUCGUCCGUUCAUAAACCCGCCAGAGCCGCUGGAUUGUCGGAACGGGCCUCCGCCGCUCACCUACAGUGACCUGGACUCUGUGCACCUGAUUACAGAGAGGCUGCACCUGUAUGGGGACAGCCCGCCUGAAGUUAUCAUCAGCUGCUGUACUCACGAUAUCAGCUGGUUCAACAGCUCCGUAGGUGUCCCGCCUGAUCUGAUGUCAUCCGGAGAACAGAACAUUUACCUUUCGGCCCAGUGCCGUCCUCUCACGGACCGAUAUACGCCAGAGACUUCAGGCGGCGUCGAAGUGCUCUGCUCGAAGAACGGCACCUUGAUCUACCGCAACUACCACCAGUUUGUGCCGCUGCUGCCAGACCUGGAGGCCGUCAGCCUUCAGCGGCCGGCUCAUGCCGUGAUGCCAAGUGUGCUCAUCUUCAUGUUCGACUCUCUAUCACGCCUGCAGUUUCACCGCUGGUUCCCACGUUCCCGACGGUUACUGUAUGAUGAAAUGGACGCAUUUGAGCUGGGAGGACUGAACAAGCACGGCGACAACACGUGGCCCAACAUGCUGCAGAUGCUGACCGGCAUGGGUCAGGCAGAGCUGGAGGCAUUGUGUGCACCCAACCCCCGCAAUGACCCACUCGAUAACUGUCCGUUUAUAUGGCGUGAGUUUAAGCGCGCUGGGUACCGCACGGCGAUGGCUGAGGACUGCCCAGAUAUAGGAAUGUUUGACUACAUGAAGGCAGGAUUCAUACACCAGCCCACCGAUUACUACAACCGUCCUGCAGCUCUGAUGGCCUUUAGAUACAUAGCACACAACGUUGUACUGAAUACGCACCUGUGUGAUGGCACCAGGCCAAGCUACGAGUCUACGUUCACGUUUGCCGAGCACCUGGCGACACGUCUGGCUGACCGUCCUUACUGGGGCUACGUGGUGCAGAACGCCUUCUCUCACGACUACUUCAACAUGCCCUACCACUUGGACGAGCCCUUCUACCGGCUGCUGAAGCUGCUGCUGUCCACCGGUGCGCUGGAAAACACGGUGCUAGUGACGAUGGGGGACCACGGGCUGCGCUGGGGCGCGGAGCGGGAAACGUUCGUCGGGGGCCUGGAAGAGCGGCUGCCUCUAGUUAGCCUCUACUUCCCUCCGUGGCUGCGGCGACGCUACCCGGUGGCGUUCGCCAACCUGCGUACCAACCAGAGACGGCUGACCACGUUCAGAGACCUGCACCGGACGAUGCUGGACCUCCUCACGCCGGAAGUCUCACUGGGCGGCGUCGGCACGGAACCGGCACCCGCCAACGAGUCCGCGGUCAGCCUGUUUCGGCCCAUCUCUGUGGACCGGCACUGCGAUCAUGUGUUUGUGCCACAGCACUACUGCACCUGCCUGGAGUCGCAGCAGAUCUCGGCCAAGGACGAAGCCGCGCUUCACGCCGCUCACACUGUGGUAAGGACUGUGAACGCUGAGCUGCGUGAGGCAGCGCAAUGCGCGCAGCUUGAGCUGGCGCAAGUGCUAAGUGCGCGCAUCUCGUGGCCACCCAACGCUGACUUGGCUAAUGGCGUCAACGCGCUUGAACAGCUGGUCACCGUACAGAUCGAGACGCGGCCGGGCGACGCACGCUUCGAGGCUACAGUGCUUGGGAAUCGCUCUGAGUUGGUGCUGGGUGGAGCUGUUUCGCGGCUGAACAGCUACGGACAACUGAGGCGCUGUGUGGCUGACCAUCGCCUGGAAAAGUUUUGUUAUUGCCGUGAUGACACGACUGCCGCGAGCGCGACGGCCGCGGCUGGUGGCACCCGGCCUUCAGCCACCGGAACGCCAUAACGCGAUGGUUGAACAACCACAGCCAGAAGUGCCGCAGAGGAACGCUGUGCCAUGUUAAGUAAAAGUGUGUUUGUGCAGUGACUUCCAGUAGGCCUUCCAGCGUGAGAGACCAACUACCUUACCCGAGGUUUGAGAUGCUUGACCUGGGAUCCCUCCAGUCUGGAAUAUGGUUGACCUGAAAAAAAAAAUGGAGGGAGUCUGUCUGAGAGACAGCUGACUGAGAUCCUUCCAGUGUGAGAGUUGAUUGAGCUGAGACUCUCUCAGGCUGAUAGUCAGCUGGGUUGAGGUACUCCGAACUUCCAGCCAUGGCUCUGAAGGACAGACAGCCUUAGGUGCUUCCAGUCCUAGAGUCGACGGACUUGAGGCUGUUCCAGUCUGACGAAUAGCUGACUUGAAGUCCUCCAGUCUAUGAGACAUAUCUGCGAGGCGGUCUCUCUGAUGAGCUCUUCAGUACGAGAGCUGCCUCGAUGAAUGCGGGUUCUGUGUGAUCCAGUGGUCAUGUAAUAAGUGUGUUUUGACUGGACGUGGUACAUGUGAUAAUAUGGCUGUUUAGAGACGAUGCUUACUGUCACAUAUCAUUGUGUUCAGCAUAGGCUGCUCGUUGUUUUACAACGCUUGGCAAAAGGAAGUCGGUGUGUGAUAUGAAUGAGAAGAUAAAUGUGAAUCCAUGCCA